CCCUCGAAUCUCUAAGCCCCUCAAAAAGCAACCCUCCGCCCAGAGACAACCCCCCCAGACAAGCAAUGCCUCUCCAAUUCGGCCUCUGCGAACCGUCCGACGUGCCACGGUGCUUCGAGAUCACCUCUCGCGCCUUUGGCAGGGAGCACGGCUACUUCGAGGCCGUGUUCCCCAACCACCACACGCCCGAGGGCCGCAGGGUGGGCGCGGAGCGGCUGGGCGGCGCGCUCAAGCGGCCCGAGGCGCGCCUGUGCAAGGUGACGGACACGGAGACGGGCGAGCUGCUCGGGUUUGCCAAGUGGGACGUUUACGAGAGGCAGCCGGCCGACGUGCAGGCCAAGGAUGCGCCCAGCGGCGACUACUGGAAGGACGACAAGGCCAAGGAGCUUUCCGACUAUUUCUGGUGGGAGUUUACGCGCAGGCGGUGGGAUGCCGUGAGGGCCUCGGGGGGUGAUCUUGUUUCCCUCGACAUCAUGGUUGUCGACCCGGCGCAUCACCGACGGGGUGUGGGAAGCAUCUUGAUGAAGUAUGGCGUGGAUGAGGCCGACAGACUCGGGGUGGAAGCGGUGGUGGAGGCGUCGAGGAUGGGGAGGUAUUUGUACCAGAAUUUCGGCUUUGAAAUCCUCGAGGAUGUGCUGAUCCCUGUGCCGCCUGGGCACGAGGGACCAGAGCAGUUUUUUCACUGGAUGGUGCGACCCAAGACUGUAUGAUAUCUAUCAUUCGGCCCAGUAUGAUUGAUGGACUUGAACCAAGCUAUUGCGGC